AUGCUUCGUUCGUCCAUACGAAAUCUGGACUCAAAUGGGACGCGAGAAGGUCUAUCAUUUGGUGAAAUGCACCGGGGAUUGUGUGUGAUGAAGAAACAGGAUGUGAUUCCUCUUACUGUUUUGAGAGAUUUCUGGGAAACGGGAGAUGUGAGGUCGGCCGAAAAGUAUGCAAGAGAGAUGAACAGCGUUGGGUUGGUCGACAUUCAUCAUGAGGUGAAGUCGAAAAACGUGGAGAUAGGGGUACGUCUUCAUGACCUCACGCAUGAUUUCGCAAUUCAUGAAGCCGAGCAGAUGGAAGGCAGCAGUUGGGAACAAAAGUGGCAUCGAAAGGCAGUGGAUAGCUAUCGGAAAGAAAGAGGGGUGUUGGAAGCAGUGGUGGAGGAUCAAGGCGCUCAGGCAAGUGACGCAAGGGAGCAGUACUUUUUUGAGAAUGUUUGCCGUCUGUUGUUGAAAGGAGAGAUGAUGACUGAGCUGCGUGGUUUGCUUGUUAGUGCGCGGUGGAUAAUCAAAGUUUUGUUGAGGAAGGCUGUGUGGCAACUGGAGGCAGCCGUGAAAGAGGUGACUGAGGUCUCGUGUCAGGGGACAGGGACAACUGGAACCGCUGGAACCGCUGAAGACGAGGCGUUAUCGACAAUAGCAUUGGUGAUGAAGGCUGCGCGAUUGAGUGCACCAUUUUGCGACGAACACGUGGCAGGUAUCUGCUUUCAGCUUUACGAUAGGACGAUGCACAAGCGGGAAUGGAGAGACGUGGAGGCGUUCUUGUCGGAGAUUAAGCGGUUUGCGCCCCGACCAUGGCUGCUGCCAUUGCGUCCAUGUCUACCUAGAGCUGGUGAGAGGCUGUUAGAGACAUUCAAGACUCUAACUCCUUUGACCAACGUGGCAUUCGAUUCAGAGGGUGCGGUGGUAGGAUGGGCUUAUGGUAAGGAAGCGACCGCCACAGCGUUGCAGGUAUUCACAUUUACUCAACAGGAGACUGUUGUUAAAAGUAUUUCCAACAAUGUGUAUGGGGGUCGGAGGUCCGACGAGGGAGAGACUGUGAUGGAUGAAGAACCGGAAACAGAAAUGUCCAGGCUAAGUCAAGUGUUGGAAGAGGGACGAGAACCGGCACAGAGAAAUCUUUGUCAAGAUGAAGCAUCAACAGAAGCGGCCAGGCCAACUGUUUCAGUACCAGAGGAACGAUUGCAACGGACGGAGAGAAAGAACUGGGUUGCAAAAGUCGGGCAAGAAAUUAGGAAAAAAGUGAGGGCAUGCAACUGCUUGCGAAGAGGUUUUGAAGUUGCCUACACUAGUGAAAACGUUGUGCAGGACUCUGAAUCACGGGUACGCAGCACGAGUAGACUUUCAGGGGCUAGUAGCGUUAGCGCAACUGGACCGCAUGAUAGUGUGAGCGGAGCCUCUGGAACUGAAAGCGUGGGCGGAAUACCAGGAUCUGAAAGCGAGACCGGACGUGUAGCUAGGGAGGUGACGGCAGCUUUUGUUUCUCGGAACAGCAGCCGUGCAAUUCUUGGACACGACAACGGGGAUGUCGUUGCUUUGUGUAUGAAACGCAAGGAAGUCAUUCAAUGCUUCAAAGGCCAUUUGGAUAAGAUAACUGCUGUAACUAUGAGCGAGGACGGGAAACGGGUUGCGUCAGGAUCACGUGACAAUACAGCACGAGUAUGGGGAUUUGAGACGGGGCGUCAAAUCGGGGAAGCAUUGGAGGGACACUCGGAUUGGGUAAAGAGCGUGGCGAUGAGCUGGGACGGGAAACGGGUUGUGUUGGCAGUUGACAGCACGGUGCAGGUGUGGGACGGCGACACGUGGCGUCAAGCCUGGGAAGCAAAGAUCGAACACGCGGGAUGGAUAUCGAGCGUGGCGAUGAGCUGGGACGGGAAACAGGUUGUGUCGGGGUCAUUGGGCGGCACUGUCCAGGUGUGGAACGGUGAUACGGGGCGUCAAGUCUGGGAAGCAACGCCUUAUGUCGAGGAUUAUGACGUGAGCGUGGCAAUGAGCGGGGAUGGUAAACGGGUUGUGUCGGGGUUUGACUGCACGGUGCGGGUGUGGGACGGUGACACGGGGCGUCAAAUCGGGGAAACAAUUACCGAACACCUGGAUCGUGUUAUUAGCGUGGCGAUGAACGGGGAUGGGAAACGGGUUGUGUCGGGGUCACUUGACAACACGGUGCGGGUGUGGGACGGUGACACGGGGCGUCAAAUCGGGGAAACAAUGACCGGACACACGAGUCAGGUAACAAGUUUGGCGAUGAACGGGGAUGGGAAACGGGUUGUGUCGGGGUCACUUGACAACAUGCGGGUGUGGGACGGUGACACGGGGCGUCAAGUCGGGGAAACAAUGGCACACCGGACUUGGGUGAACAGUGUGGCGAUGAGCGGGGACGGGAAACGCGUUGCAUCGGGAUCAGAAGACAGCACGGUGUGCGUGUGGGACAGUGACACGGGGCGUCAAAUCGGGGGAACACGGACCGAACACUCGGCUAGUGUAAAUAGCGUGGCGAUGAGCGGAGACGGGAAACGGGUUGUGUCGGGGUCACGUUACAAUACAGCACGACUGUUUGACGUUGAGACAGGGGGUCAAAUCGGGGCAACAAUGACAGGACACAAGGGUCGUGUAAUUUGCGUGGCUAUGAGCAAGGACGGGAAGCGGGUUGUGUCGGGGUCACGUGACAAAACAGCACGAAUGUGGGACGACACGGGGCGUCAAGUCUGGGAAACAAAUACCGAACACACGGGGUGGGUAAUGAGCGUGGCGAUGAGCUGGGACGGGAAACGGGUUGUGUCGGGGUCAUCGGACCACACAGUGCGGGUGUGGGACGGUGAUACGGGGCGUCAAAUCGGGGAAGCAAUGGAGGCUCAGGCCCCUGUAACGAGCGUAGCGAUGAGCGGGGACGGGAAACGGAUAUGGUCUUGGUCCCAGGGGUUUGACUCUCUGGGGCCAAGUGGAACAGUUCGGGGGUGGAAACAGAGGUCGAGUAGGUUGGAUAUGCCAGUAGCCGGUAGCGGUGUAUGGGUGCCGGAAACAUGCGGCAUUUGUGAGGUGAGCGACAAGAUAAUUCACAAACAGGGAGACGGCUCCGAAAUCAUACUGGCCCACCUCGAAUGUUGGGCAACUGACUUCAUGGUGAAUAUGGAGUGUGAGACUAUAGUUGUUGGUAUGGAAAACGGCUCGGUCGGUAUUAUGUCGGUUAUCAGUUCUGAUGACGAUGCGAGUCAAUAGGAUAGGAUUAGUGUGGUAAAAUCUAUUCUGACGG